CGACGCCUAAAAAAGAAAGAGAAGUGGACUCGGGAAAGCAAAGUACAUCGGCUUGGGUGCAUUCCGUCAAAAAUCCAUUUCGUCUGUUCUUCAGAUUAUUCGGGGAGAGAGAGAGAGAGACCUUAUCUUUGUAUCGCUGCUGCAAGUUAACAAGAGAGCAACACAGACAAAUAGCCAACGUAAAGGAAAAUCUUCUUCCUGCAAAAUAUUUAUCCCCAUUUCCUACUCUCACCUGCACAGAUAAUCACAGAAGAAAGAGAGAGUGAAAGAGAAUCUUUAGAGUUUUCUAGAGGUUUAAAGAAAUUACCGCAAAUUUCUCCAAACGCGUUUACACUCAGAGCGGAGGAGGUCACUUCUGCUUGCGGUACUUUCAUGAGCAAAAGCUAAAUCCUCAAUAUUCGAUCCGCUAUGGCACCGUUAUUAACUUCUGAUGAUGACAAAUUAAACUUUUUCUGACGGAGAGCGGCUAAAUAAAGCAUGUUUCGGAAAAUAGAGGAUGUAUCACUGCGUUCCUGAUUUUGAAAUGGACGACGAUUAUUCCCUCCCCUCAUCGUCUGGCGCUGCUCGCCCCAGAAAAUCGUCCUUGCCCCAAGAUGAGAUCGUGGAGCUGUUGUGGCAAAACGGCCAGGUGGUGAUGCAGAGCCAGAACCAGAGGUCGAUGAGAGUAUCUCCACCUUCCAAAUACAGCGACGCUGUGAUCCCUGCAGAGCAAUCAGCGGCCAGGGAGAUCCGAUCCUCACAACAGGAGCAAGAAUCGGCCGAACACCAACACCAGAAUCUAUUCAUGCAAGAAGACGAAAUGACCUCGUGGCUUCACUACCCUCUUGUCGACGACGACCCUGCCUUGGACCACAAUUUCUGCGCCGACCUUCUGUAUCCUCCGCUUAAUCAGAGUAACAAUAUCGGUAAUAACAACACUAACCCUACCAUCCGUACGAGCAGCGUCACGGAGCUCCGUCCGGCGGUGACGGGAGGGGUGGGUGCAUCGAGGCCGCCGAUACCGCCGGCGAGGAUGACGGAGCUGGCUGACUCGAAGAUGCAGAACUUCAUGCACUUUUCGGGGCACAAGGCCAGGUUUAUUGGAGGAGUUGACCAAACGGAGCCGUCGAGCUCGAAGAGCAUGGUGGUGGUGAGGGAAUCGACGGUGGUAGACUCAAGCGACACACCGGUGGCUGGACCAGAAUCUUGGGCGAGGAGCGCGGCGGAGGCGUCCGACUUCGGUGAUAGGGGUUGCGCGACCUUGAGCUGUGGUGAUGGGGCGGGCACGUCGUCCGCAGGAGCUGCUGCGAAGGAGAUGAUGUCGUGUGAGGUGACCGUGACGUCAUCACCGGGAUGCUCCAGCGCCAGCGGUGAACCGUCUUUGAAGCCGCCAGCUGAAGAUCGCAAGCGCAAAGGAAGAAAUGCCGAAGACGCCGACUGCCAUUGUGAGGAUGCCGAGUUUGAAUCUGGGGACACAAAGAAACGGGUUCGUGGAUCAACAUCUACGAAGAGAUCCCGUGCCGCAGAGGUCCACAACCUUUCAGAGAGGAGACGUCGAGAUAGGAUAAAUGAGAAGAUGAGGGCUUUGCAAGAACUCAUACCUCGUUGCAACAAGUCAGACAAAGCUUCAAUGCUGGAUGAGGCGAUUGAGUAUUUGAAAUCACUUCAGUUGCAAGUACAGAUGAUGUCUAUGGGUUGUGGCAUGGUCCCCAUGAUGUUUCCUGGUGUCCAGCAGUAUAUGCCAGCAAUGGGGAUGGGAAUUGGGUUGGGCAUGGGCAUGGAAAUGGGCAUCAAUCGGCCCAUGAUACCCUUUCCCAAUUUGUUAGCUGGUUCAGCAUUGCCAACAUCAGCUGCAGCAGCUCAUCUGGGACCACGAUUCCCAAUGCCGGCUUUUCAUAUGCCACCUGUUCCUGCACCUGAUCCUUCCGGAAUUCAAGCAACCAACCAGUCAGAACAAAUGCUACACUCAAUUGGUACACAGCACACAAGCCAGCCACGGUUCCCAAAUUUUGUUGAUCCUUAUCAGCAGUAUAUUGCUACCCAUCAGAUGCAGUUGCCAAUACCACAGAAUCAAGUGCUGGCUCAUCAGCCAAGUAGUAGCAAGCCAAGCACCAGUAGGGGACCUGAAAAUCUUGAGAAUCACCAAUCAGGUACAAGAUAGGUCAAUAGCUAGGAACCCUGGCUGGCCAGGGAUGCACAGUGGCAAUCCUUGCUUUAGUUGGUGCCAGCUACUCUAUGAAUGGUCGGAAGUCUUGGUCUAAUGGAUGACAGGACUCUUGCCUGCUAACUUUUGUAGUACAAGAGAACAGUGCAUCUCCGAGAUAAGUUUUCCCGGAUGGCCAUACACUUAUAAAGCAACUAACAUGUAGUUAUGGAUACUCGCAUGUAAAUUAAAGUUCUAUUUCCCAUAUAAGUUUUGUUUCCCUUA